UGCCGCGCAUCGUCGGACGUGCAUCGUGUCGGUCGCGCUCGUGUGCGAGCAAUCGAGACAUGUGAUUCGAAUCCGUCGUGAUCCCGGAGAAGGAUGAAAUAGGAAAAAUGACGAGGAGAUGUCCUACGGUCAUAAACGGCCUAAAGUGAGUCAAGAAGAACGUGAGGAUUCUCUGCGGAGGCAGGAUCGGUCGAUAUUACGCCCGGAUCUAUGACAUUCUCACGUGGAUAUCCUGUAAAAUUUUUUCCGAAUUGAAACCUUUCCCGAUAAUCGAAUCCUACGAAUGGAAGGUUCGCGACAUUCGAAGAAACAUUCUGGAAAUCAGACGUGGCGCGACGUUUCCGGCGAAAGGCUUCGAGUCGGAAGGAAAUCGUAUAAGAAUUACGAUAAAAAAGUGUGGAAGAAUUACGAUAAAAACAGUGCCUGACAUAGUCGAGUUAUACAAAUCGUUAUUGUGAUCGUUAAGUGAAGUAUAGAGAUUCUACUUAUUUACGAAGCUACAGCGAGAUUCGAUAUCUCUAAUCUGCGGAGAGGGACGCAAUUAUCGAGAAAUUCGGAGAAGCUAAUCAUCAAGAUAAUCAUCAUAUAAAGGUAAAAGAAUCUGUGGUGAUCAGUGGUUUUAGGAAGGGAGGCACAGUGGUAACUUGAAAAAAUGGCGGAAGACUAUUUUCGCCGGAAAACCAGAUCGGCUUCGAUUUGUGCCCCAGGAUUUUCCAGCAUGGAGCAAAUGUUGGAAGCUAUGCCACCCUCGGGAGUUCGAGAUCGGGAAAGAGGGGAACGGGAAAGGGACAGUGGCAGCGGAACGCCGGAUGGCAGUACACCUACGAGAAGACGGAGACCGGCUACAAGAUCCCAAAGCGCCCGUGUUUCCGGCGGAAAUAAAAGCAUCCGACGUCGUGCCGCCGCUCAAGCCGCCGCUCAUCAUCAUCAUCAUCAUGAGGGAAGCAGCAUGAAGUCAGCUCACUGCAGCAGCGAACCUAGACUGACCGAGAAUGACGUCAGUCCAGGGAUCAGGAGACGAGGGAGCCGAAGGGGACAGAGCAUGCACCAUACGCAUCAGAGGAAGAGCAACGCCUUCCUGGAUGUGCCUGACGUCUCGUCUCAGAUACCACCGCGGGAGGAAGGCGAGGAUGAGGAUAGUUACAGACUCCGUAGCUUCAGUCUCACCAGCAAAGGUGGUGUCGUCAAUAGAGGAGAUUCCUUUAGGAGAAGAAGAUCGAGAUCGAAUUCUCUGGCGCCUGCCGAUCAGGAGAACGAGGAACGACGACUGCCGCCCAAGGAAGUAACUUCGCACAACGUCGCUAUGUUAGGUAUGAGGGGAGUUGGAAAAACGGCCCUUAUCAGUCAGUUUAUGACCAGCGAAUGUAUAAAUGCCUACGAUAGACCAAAAGACGUGCCAAGUGAGCAAUCCGUUUUUGUGAUGCUGAAUGGUGAAGAAAGCGAGCUUAAAUUUUUAAAUAUAACUAAUGUUAAGACCGAACUGGAAAAGAUGCCAUUGCCAGACGCCUUCGUCGUAAUGUAUUCAGUGAUCGACAAGGCGUCCUUUCAAAGGGCCGAGGAAUAUCUCGCUCGACUUCACGAUCAAGAUCUUCUUCGUGCUAGACCGGCUAUUCUGGUCGGGAACAAGGUCGAUUUGGUUCGUUCCAGAGUGGUUUCGCCCCAGGACGGAAAAUGCUUGGCGUGCACCUACCGGGCGAAAUUCAUCGAAGUGUCGGUGGCUAUCAAUCACAAUGUCGACGAGCUUUUGGUUGGCAUACUCAACCAGAUCCGUUUAAAGGUGGUCCAGGAAAACCGAAACAACGGCGGCAGCGAAGGUAGUGCUCAUUGGUACAAAUCCAGAGGCGUCGUGCGCGCCAGUAUGAAAGCCAGGCAGAUGCUGACCUGGCUUUUUGGCAAAGAGGACAGCAAAUUCAAGAAUUGCGAGAACCUCCACGUACUUUAAGUCUCUACUAUAAAAAGAAUCGCAGUCGGGCUGUCCGAUCACUAUUUCAUUAGUACGUAAGUAUAACGUGACUUGAGCAACUUCUUUCUCGACGGGGACUUUAUUAGAUGUUUCGAAAAUCGAAGGAAUUUCCGCGCGUCGGGAAAGGAUGAAUGAAUGCCUGAAUGUGCGAAACGGAUGCAUCUUUUGAGUCAACAAUAUGUGUGUAGCUUAAAGUUUAGAAUCGAACGUCAAGUUUUCGCUGCUGAUAAUGUUUGCGAGAGUAUUUCGUAAUACCAUGGGAGGAGCGAAUUGGUCCGUGGACCAAAAUGGAUACAAUUAGCAUCGGGUUAACAAAGUGCCAAUUAGUGAAAAUUAACGCGCUCGGUGUUUGGGUAGGGGAAAAUGUCACUCGAUUCCACGCUCGUUUAACUAGAAUUACCUCGUGAGAAAUGUAAGUGAUUAACCUCUUUCAGUUCCAGGUGUGACUGAGCGUUGCUUACCAGUAACUUCCUUGAUAUAAACUUCGUCCUCCUACCUUUUGAAAAAUUUAAUUAGUGCUAAUAAAUUACUUAUUAAAAUCUUUAUUCAAACAAUGCUGAAUAUACAGAUUACUUGUGACGAUUAUAUGUAACUUUAUUUUGAAAAUAACUUAAAAUUGAAGGAAUUAACGUUCUAACAAAUUCCGUUACACAUUUCUCGUUGCUUAUUCUACCUGAUCGUACACUUUUCGUUAGCAUUCUACACUUGUUAAAGAGAAUUAAAGCUCUAUAGCAAAACAGGCACUUAAAUGUUGCGUAUUUUUAAUUUUAUAUAAUUACGAGUGGCGCUGAAUUCGAUGGCCCUUAAUAAUACAAUCAAAAGUUCAAAUCGAUAUCGUGAUACGAUAAGAAAACAAAUCAAACUGGACCACAGCGCGAAUUAGUCGCCAUUAAGUUUACAAUUACUGUAUGAUAAGACCGGUUAAUUUUUUAUUUUGUAUAUGUAUAUAAAUAACGAAGUUACAUAUAUAAGCGUGUACUUGUGCAAGCAUCUAUACAGAUAUAUUCAACGUGUACAUCCCUAAUUUUCUCUGGACGAGUGUCGAUUCUACCACGUGAUGGCAUUGUAUCAACGGCGUUUGUAAACAAAAUACCGCUGCUAUCCUCGCAUCGCUAAAUUGGCUUGCAUCGCUAGUGCCAUUAAUUUCUCGCGUUCCAAUGGGCUUCCCGCAGUCCGUUAUUGUGCAUAAGGCCAUACAACUUAAUGCAAUACGCUAAUGUUACUUGACAUUAAGUUGUAUAUAAAAGUCAUGAGGUUACUUUGCUAUCUAAUGUACUUAUUAGAAAAAAAUAGAGCGUAAAGCUGCCUAUAUAUGUUGCUAAGAUGUUUCCUACGCUAUUGAGCGGAUCUAUACGUCGCGCGUGCGUGAAUAAUUUUUAUCAGCUGUAUUUCAAAGUAGAUAAUUACAUCGAUUGCGUAUUUUAAUUCCAGAUACGUUAAGAGUUGUCAUACAACCGUGGAUUAAGUAACAUUUAAUUAGCGGUUUGAGGUCUGACAUUGUAAAUUCCUUAAUCGAAUAUUCUAUCAAUUAUUUUAUAAUCCGUUAUUUUGUACCGAUAUGUGUGAUACCAAUAUUAAUAUAGGUCAUAGUUUAUGCGGCAUUUUGUGUGCAAUGUUCUGCCGCAAUGGAAAUCAAAUCCAUCAUGUUGCGUAUUUCCCUCGCGCGCGCCGCGAGAAGAUGGGUACAGCGGCGGCGUAUGUACUCAAAAUUAUAGUCUUCUGAAGAGAGAGAUAUCCUUUUUGAAUUUUUAAGGAGAGUAUCUAUUUUCUGCGAACUCUAUGCCUGUGUAUCCGAAUUAUACGAAUGUAGCAUAAAAGCUGAAUGCGUAGAUCUGUAUACCUAUAUACAUGAUGGGAACAAUGCGCGAAUGAUGUGCAACUUUGUCCUUCUCGUAUGAACGUUUCAUUGUCUCUAGACUACGUGUAGGAGAAAUUAACGUUUCGGAUUACAGUAGUAAAUUAUGGACUUCCUUUCUCUCGUUGUAUGAAUAUUUCGGAAGGUAUUUUGACUCUUGCUAAAUAAAACUCAAAAAGUUUCUUCUGGCAUUCUUCGUUAUCGUCGUUAUCAUCGUCGUGCAAUUAAUUCGAUCGUCAGCAUCAAAUGCGAGUUGCGACGAAUACGGUGUGUGAACUUUUGAGUUUAAGAAUUUAUCCCAAAAUGUUUCUCGUUCGAGAAACGGAAGAUUUUUAUCAAGUGCCUUUGCGUAUUUUUGUAAUUUAAGCUAACUCAGUGUAAGCCCCAUGAGUAUCGCAUUGUAUAAUCUAUUAUUAUACAUAUAUUACCGAUAUAUUUCUUUGUUGUUAAUUCAUCAUGUUACCUGUGAAAUCAUUACGUUGCACACUCUCGGUGGCGUAACUUUUUUUAUUAAAAAAGUAUACAAUUAUAAUAUUCUCAUCUUACAACUCAUUAAAAUGUCAAAGUGAUAAAUUUGCUUUUACCUAAUUAAAACACAUUUAAAGUUACGCCGCCGAUAAAUGUCCUUGUUUAUUCGUAUUAUUAGCACAUCUCCCGAAAGCUGUAAAAUGUAACUUAGUUACUAAAGUAUUAUCAUUGUGUCUGCUCGCUGUAAUACGUGACGUGACAAUACUGCCAGUUCUUUUGAUUAAUAAAAUGCUUUAAAAAA